AGUUUCCACCCACAGUGAAAACCAAAUGGAGAUUUCUGUUUAACAAUCUUCAGCAUCUGCUCUUACUGGUAAACUCAGCUGUAAAUCUUACUUAAGGGAUUGAACUGCUAAGCACAUUUGUAAACAGCACAGGGGAGACAUUGUUGCUGUUCUAAUGAAAGAAACAGUUUCCUGCAUGUGAAUUGAAUAUCAAAAUGCUAGCAUCUCAGAAAGACCCUCAGUCAGCUAUGAUUCCUAAGUAUUCCAUGAUGGGGCCAUUUAAAGGACACAUGAGCUCUAAAAGCAGCCCAUUCUGUUCUGGUUCUUCUUGUAAACUCUCAACUCAAUACCUUAUUCAAGACCACAUGACAGCACAUUACAGAAAACUGCUGUCCACUAAAGCUGCUGUUGACACAUCUAUACCGAAAACUUUGCUCACCAGCAUUAAAUAUACUGACCAGCAAAAAAGGGAGAGAUUAAAGGCAGCAAUAAUGAAGUACCAGAAAGAGUUCCAGCGUGUGAUGCUUUCCACCAAUCAUAGAUCGCCUUCUCCAGAGGCAAAAAGAAGCUAUUCCCCAGUAGAGACAGCAUUUAUGAACAAAAAUCAGAUGAGUAGGUCAAACAUCUACCCAGCCCUGGCCUCUCAAGAAGCAGUGCCUCCGGUUGCACAGAGGACUCAACCGUCGACACCACUUCAUUUCAGGAGUCUCUCUCCAAUCCCUUCUCCUGUCUUCAUUGCAAGGGAGACUAUGCAAGAAAUAGCACUGCAUGCUUCCUCAGGACGCAGAUCUCGGACACCUACUAGGUCUUUCAUGCCAUGCAGCAACUCAGUGCAAUAUAUAGCUGGAAAGAGCAUGAAGAAAUCCUUAACUCCUCACAACAAAACCUACAGUGGAGAUGUCCUUGAUAAACACCCAAAAUCAUUCACAAGAAUUAACCAGCCUUUCACACCUCGGACUUUGAAGAAAGCAUCCAAGUCGUUUUUGUCCAAGUACCGAUACUAUGCACCUCCUAAGAAGGUGACACCAAAAUCUGCUAACAGGCCUGCAGAUGUUCCACAACUUCAGUUCAAGAGAAGUCAAAAAUUACAUCAUGAUCAGGAAUAUGGAGAAAGUCUGUGGGGUUUCAGAUCUUCCAGAUCAGCUCCUGCUAAACGAGAACUUCCUCCAAGGGAAGAAGAACUCAGAUAUCUGCAAUUUCUGGAAGGAGUAACAAGUGACAUUUUACUUAGAGGAUGCUACUCAAACAAGAUUUUGGAAAGCAUUUUCCAAAAGCACAUAGAUAGAAGAAAAUAUGAUCUCAAUGAGGUAAAGAUGAGAAACAUUUUGGAAGACCUGAAGAGACACUUAAACAGUACCAGCUGUCAACUAGAUUUCUCCAUUAGUUACACUGGUGAACACCGAUGUGGUGUUCCUCUGGCAGAUUCUAAAGCUUUUGCUGCAGAUACAUUCAAAAGUGCAGACUAAAAUAGAACCUUUGACCAUAGUGAGUUGCACCAGUCUAGGAGCUUUAGUUAUAGAAACAUCUAGGAAAGGCCCUAAAGAUUAACGAGAUUGAACAGUUGAGGGUAACUCUGGCAAAGACACCUUCUGCAGAAAAAGAUGCAAAUUGAUAAAAAAUGAACUACAUUAAAUAUAAACAAGAGUUCAUAACCUUUAAUGCCAGUCUACUGCAGCAUGAUUUAUAAAGAAUAUAUUUAUUUGCAGUGGUUUCUACAAAAGUCACAUAUAUCAUGGCUAAAAGAUGCAGGGAAAGAACUGUUUUGUAUACUUUAUAAAAUAAAAAUGUCUUAACAGUGAUGAUCUAACAAACAAUAAUGAUGAAAAGACUGGCUCUAUGCCAGUGGGAAGUAGUUUCGUGGCAAAAAUUGCAGAUCAGUUUGUAUAAAACCUUUUGUCACAAAUAAUGAGAAAUCUUGAAAAGAUGUCAGACUUUUUUUUUACAUCCAUGUUAGCAGAGAACAAUGGGCUCAAAUUUAUUAGCAUUUUAAAAGGUCACAGACAAAAAUAUACAGUCAUAAAACAAUGCUUUAAAAGGGUAGGAUUAACAUUUUUGUAAAGGCUGCUUAAACUUUUUUGUAUGGCUUAUAUAAAAAAUGGACUGUAACAAUUGUUUAUCCAAAUGACAGUUUGAAUUGUAUGUAUAAAUAUGAUGAUUUACUACUAUAAGGUUUUAUAUAAAUUGUAAUAAUCUUAUGUGCCUCUUUAAAUCACUGUAACUCUGUCUGAACAUUGUGUGAUUUUCCUGUUUAAUGUAAGUUUUUUUUUUUUUUUUUUUUUUUUUAAAUCUGCUUCUUAGCGCUGCUCUGUCCUUGUAGCUAUGUAAAUUUGCACCCAGUUCAAGGUGCCUCCAUGUCUGAAAAUUAUGAUAAGAAACAUUCUUUUUAUAAUUCAAAGAGCAGUUGUGACCUUGGGUAGAUGACCCUUGUUUUUGCAUGAGUUGUCUCUACUGGUUCCAAUCCAAUCCAUAAACUUCUACUAGGAGUGAAGCACUGUGUCUUUGGUCCUGCAUCUCAGAGCACCUGCUGGCGCAGCUCCAGUGAAGGGGGACCAACUCAGUACAUUGGUGAAAGGAGAUUUCCACUGCCUUUAGGUGUAGUUCCACACCCUGCCUACACUAACACAAGAACCACCAUGGUUAUAUUCAUACUUAAAACUGCCACUGGCAGUCAUUAUGACAGUUACCUUUUAAACAACAUAAAUAUUUAAAUGAAAUACAUACUAUCGGAUACAACGCAAAAGUUUUAUUGAAGCACGUCAUAUCACACACAGCUGAAACACCAUAUUUAAAUAAUCAAUUAAAUAUAAAAGGGUUUAU